AGUGGGUUCUUGGUUUGGCAAACACCCGCCCCCUCCGGUCCGUUCAGUCUCGCGAGAGAAAGCGCGAGGCCUGCCGGGAGGGAGCGCGGCCGUCCCUAGGUUUGCUCAAAAUGGCAUCGCUGGAGGAAGAAUUCACGUUGUCUUCGGCAGUCCUGAGCGCCGGGUCUGAAGGACUCCUAGGCGUGGAGCAGAGCAGCAAAACAGACCAGUUCUUAGUGACAGACAACGGCAGGACCGUCAUCCUGUAUAAGGUUUCUGAUCAGAAACCUUUGGGGAGCUGGUCAGUGAAACAAGGUCAAAUUAUAACAUGUCCAGCUGUGUGCAACUUUCAAACUGGGGAGUAUAUUGUUGUACACGAUAAUAAGGUUUUAAGAAUAUGGAAUAAUGAAGAUGUAAACCUGGAUAAAGUAUUUAAAGCUACAUUGUCAGCUGAAGUAUAUAGGAUACUUUCAGUGCAAGGGACAGAGCCCUUGGUGCUCUUCAAGGAAGGUGCUGUUCGUGGUUUAGAGGCCUUGCUUGCAGAGCCCCAGCAGAAAAUUGAAACUGUUAUCUCCGAUGAAGAAGUGAUUAAAUGGACAAAGUUUUUCAUAGUAUUCAGGCAUCCUGUUUUAAUUUUUAUUACUGAAAAACAUGGCAAUUACUUUGCUUACGUACAAAUGUUUAACUCACGUGUCUUAAGCAAAUAUACACUCUUAUUUGGACAAGAUGAAAACUCUGUUAUAGAGAGUUUUACAGCAUCUGUAGAUAGAAAAUUCAUCUCUUUGAUGUCAUUAAGCACUGAUGGUUGUAUAUAUGAAACCUUGAUACCAAUACGUCCAACUGACCCAGAAAAAAAUCAGAGCUUAGUUAGAUCACUGUUAUUCAAGGCUGUUGUAUCUGGUAACACUCGACAUGGAGUUGCAGUCACUGUCCUGGAUCAGGAUCACAUCGCAGUCCUGGGAAGUCCACUAGCAGCUUCUAAGGAAUGCCUCUCUGUAUGGAACAUAAAAUUUCAAACACUACAGACUUCAAAAGAGUUACCACAAGGGACCAGUGGUCAACUCUGGUAUUAUGGGGAAAAUUUGUUUAUGCUACAUGGAAGAUCUCUGACUGUGAUUCCAUAUAAGUGUGAAGUGUCAUCAUUAGCAAGUGCUCUUGGAAAACUCAAGCAUAGUCAAGAUCCAGGAACUCAUGUCGUGCCCCAUUUUGUAAACUGGGAAACACCUCAAGAAUGUGGACUUGGAGCCCAGAACUCAGAGCAGUCAAGAAGAAUCUUAAGGAGACGAAAAAUUGAAGUGAGUUUACAGCCAGAGGUUCCACCAUCCAAACAACUUUUGUCAACCAUAAUGAAAGAUUCAGAAAAACACAUUGAAGUAGAACUACGGAAAUUUUUGGCUAUUAAGCAGACACCUGACUUUCAUACUGUAAUUGGGGACACAGUAACAGGACUUCUGGAAAGAUGUAAAGCAGAACCAUCAUUUUAUCCCCGGAACUGUCUGAUGCAGCUUACCCAAACACAUGUGCUUUCUUACAGUCUGUGCCCCGACUUAAUGGAGAUUGCCUUACAAAAGAAAGAUGUACAGUUGUUACAACUCUGUCUACAGCACUUCCCUGACAUUCCUGAAUUGGUUACCUGUGCUUGCUUAAAAAUUUUCCUAAGCAUUGCUGAUGACAGUCUUCAAGAAACAGAUGUCAAUAUGGAGUCAGUUUUUGACUGUAGUAAUUCUGUACAUGAUGAGAAAAUGGAAGAGCAAACUGAAAUUCUUCAAAAUGGUUUCAAUCCUGUAGAAGAUGAAUGCAAUAAGUGUGAUCAAGAGUUAAAUGAAGAGCCCCAGGCCAAAACAAAGGAGACCACUUCAUGCCCUGUGAUACCAAAAAGAGCAGCUCUACUUAAUGCAAUUCUUCAUUCAGCGUAUAGUGAAACAUUUCUUCUGCCUCACUUGAAAGACAUCCCAGCACAGCAUAUCACACUGUUUCUCAAGUAUUUGUAUUUCCUUUAUCUAAAGUGUAGCGAAAAUGCUACUUUGACUCUUCCUGGAAUACACCCUCCUACCUUGAACCAGAUUAUGGAUUGGAUAUGCCUACUUCUGGAUGCAAAUUUUACUGUUGUAGUAAUGAUGCCAGAAGCAAAAAGGCUACUGAUAAAUCUUUACAAGCUUGUGAAAUCUCAGAUAUCUGUUUAUUCCGAGCUUAACAAGAUUGAAGUAAGUUUUCGGGAGCUACAGAAAUUAAACCAAGAAAAGAAUAAUAGAGGAUUAUAUUCAAUUGAAGUGCUGGAGCUUUUCUGAUAUUACCAGUUCUCCUUCAUAGACAUUUUAUAAAGCUCUUUUAUGUGAACUCUUGCAUCAUCCAGGCAAGAAAGAUGUUUUGUUUGCAACCACCUCAGUGUCAAGAAACGUGUCAGUGAGUACCUGGCCCAUCACUUACUGAUGCUCCUGGGUAGGAUUGUAGGUUUCACAUGAACCUAUUCUAGGUUGUGGACACUGAUGCGGAGAGGUUCUGAAGUUUUUUAAAAUACAUAACUGGGUUGGUUUUAAGUAAAAUUAUUUGUGUAUUGAUAAAAACUCUAAUUUCUUAUCAUGUGUUUUGAAUUGUUUUUCUUUUAAUAAAAGAUGAUCAUUGAAGCAGUGA